CCUCCUCCCCGCGGCGGGCCUGGCGGGGCGGGGACGCUGCGCGGCGGCGGCUGAUGCGCUAGCCGUGUGGGACGCUCCGGGCGGCGACGGCGGCUCUCGUAGGCGGUUCCGGUCGUGUAUCUCCGGGCGGCGGCGGCGGCGGCGGCUCAUGGCGGCGACGGAACUGAGAGGAGUGGUGGGGCCCGGCCCGGCAGCCAUGGCCGCCCCGGGCGGCGGCGGCACGGGGCCCCCCGUGCUGGGAGGCGGCGGCGCCGGCGGCCGCGGCGACUCGGGGCCGGGCUCCGGGGCCCCGCCGGGCGGUGUGGCCGCGGCGACGGCGGGCGGCGCGGGCCCGGGCUCCGGGGGAGUGGCGGCGGCCGGCCCGGCCCCGGUGCCGCCGGCUGGGGGCUCGGGCGGCUCGGGCGCCGGGGGGUCGGGCUCGGCUCGAGAGGGCUGGCUCUUCAAGUGGACCAAUUACAUCAAAGGCUACCAGCGCCGGUGGUUCGUGUUAAGCAACGGGCUCCUGAGCUACUACAGGUCAAAGGCGGAAAUGAGACAUACUUGCCGUGGUACCAUCAACCUCGCCACAGCCAACAUCACGGUGGAGGACUCCUGUAAUUUUAUUAUUUCCAAUGGGGGUGCUCAGACCUACCAUCUGAAGGCGAGCUCGGAAGUGGAGCGGCAGCGCUGGGUGACAGCCCUGGAAUUGGCCAAGGCCAAGGCUGUGAAGAUGCUGGCAGAAUCAGAUGAGUCAGGUGAUGAAGAGUCGGUCUCACAAACUGAUAAGACCGAGCUGCAGAAUACGCUCCGGACCCUCUCUAGCAAGGUGGAGGACUUGAGCACAUGUAACGACCUAAUAGCCAAGCACGGCACAGCCCUGCAGCGCUCCCUCAGUGAGCUGGAGUCGCUGCGGUUGCCCGCAGAGAGCAACGAGAAGAUCAAACAGGUCAACGAACGGGCCACACUCUUCAGGAUAACGUCUAAUGCCAUGAUCAAUGCCUGCAGAGAUUUCCUCAUGUUAGCUCAGACCCAUAGUAAAAAAUGGCAGAAGUCACUCCAGUAUGAAAGAGACCAGCGGAUCCGACUGGAAGAAACCCUCGAGCAGCUGGCGAAGCAGCAUAAUCACCUGGAGCGGGCCUUCCGCGGGGCCACCGUGCUGCCUGCGAACACUCCCGGCAGCACUGGUUCUGGUAAAGAUCAGUGCUGCUCUGGCAAAGGCGACAUGAGUGAUGAGGACGAUGAGAAUGAAUUUUUUGAUGCUCCUGAGAUCAUCACCAUGCCUGAAAAUUUGGGCCACAAACGUACUGGCAGCAAUAUCAGUGGAGCCAGCAGUGACAUCAGUCUUGAUGACCAGUACAAGCACCAGCUGGAAGAGACCAAGAAGGAAAAAAGAACUAGAAUACCAUACAAGCCAAACUAUAGCCUCAAUUUAUGGAGCAUCAUGAAGAACUGCAUUGGGAAGGAACUCUCGAAGAUCCCCAUGCCGGUGAACUUUAAUGAACCCUUAUCCAUGCUUCAGCGCCUUACUGAAGAUCUGGAAUACCACGAGCUAUUAGAUCGAGCUGCAAAAUGUGAGAACUCUUUAGAACAGCUCUGUUAUGUUGCAGCUUUCACCGUGUCCUCUUACUCCACAACCGUCUUCCGUACCAGCAAGCCAUUCAACCCACUCCUUGGGGAGACCUUUGAGCUGGACCGAUUAGAGGAGAAUGGAUACCGAUCCCUCUGUGAGCAGGUGAGUCAUCAUCCCCCUGCUGCCGCACACCAUGCUGAGUCCAAAAACGGUUGGACGUUGCGUCAGGAGAUCAAAAUCACCAGCAAAUUCAGAGGCAAAUACCUCUCCAUUAUGCCCCUCGGUAGCAUCCACUGUAUUUUUCAUGCAACUGGGCACCACUACACUUGGAAAAAGGUUACCACUACAGUGCACAACAUUAUUGUGGGCAAGUUAUGGAUAGAUCAGUCUGGCGAAAUUGACAUUGUGAACCACAAGACAGGAGAUAAGUGCAAUCUUAAAUUUGUUCCUUAUAGUUACUUCUCACGAGAUGUAGCAAGAAAGGUGACAGGGGAAGUGACAGAUCCAUCAGGAAGAGUUCACUAUGCUCUUCUGGGCACAUGGGAUGAGAAAAUGGAUUGUUUCAAAGUACAACCAGUCAUUGGGGAAAAUGGGGGUGAUGCUCGACAGAGAGGCCACGAAACAGAAGAAAGGAUCAUGCUAUGGAAAAGGAACCCUUUACCGAAGAAUGCCGAGAACAUGUACUACUUCUCAGAACUUGCCCUGACUCUCAAUGCCUGGGAAGGUGGCACUGCCCCCACAGAUAGCCGGUUACGGCCCGAUCAGAGACUGAUGGAAAAUGGGCGCUGGGAUGAAGCGAACGCCGAGAAGCAGCGCCUGGAGGAGAAACAAAGACUUUCCAGAAAGAAGAGAGAAGCAGAAGCCAUGAAAGCCACGGAGGACGGCACACCCUAUGACCCGUAUAAGGCGCUGUGGUUUGAGCGGAAGAAGGACCCAGUCACCAAGGAGUUAACUCAUAUUUAUAGGGGAGGAUACUGGGAGAGUAAAGAGAAACAGGACUGGAACUCUUGCCCGGACAUUUUCUGAAAUGUCAGUAACAAAAAAAAGAAAAGGAAAAAAAGGAGAAGGAUCCAAAGGAGAAGAGGACAGAGAUGUGCAGGAAAGCUGGCAGUCGUGACUCUCACCGAGGGCUUUCCUCAAGUUUGUCUGUCUUAACCAAUCAUUUUUUUCCAAAUCAAUCACCAGAAGCAGACACCAGUGGUGGUGAUUGGCUGGUUGCCUUAGCUGAUUGAAACUGAAAUCGAAAUACUAGAUGUCUGUGUUUGUAAGGGAGAGGUUUAGUGGCUGAAAGUUCUUGUUAUUCCACUUCUGCAGAGUCAAGUAUUCUUGGCUCUUCUCUGCCCCCGUUUAAGAUGACAUCAUUCGCCCUCCCCUUGUUGUAUCCUGCUCAGCCAAGAUCUACGUCAGAUUAUGAUUCAGGGGCAUUUUGGUGCUGUUCCGAGCAAGAGCUGAUUUUAGCAGUUCCUUUAAAAAGAAACGCGAGAGACUUACCAGCAGAUGCAUUGUGAAUGAUUGUGGUGGGGCUUAGGCGUAGCAUUAUGAAAUGAGUUCACAAAUGGGAUGAUUUUAAUGGGGGGUCCGCGCGUCGGUGCCCGCGGUGAUUGGAACAAGGAACAAGCAACGGGGUCGUUCUGUGAGGUUGGAACAUUCAGAAUUCUUUUCCUGGAAGUUUCCAUCUUCACUUCCAUACAACGCUCUCCUGCCAUUCUCAUGUUUUUGGACAGCAACUGGAUGCUACUUUGGUGUUUGGUAGGAGGGUUGCAUGAUCCUCACAAAAGGGGUUUUUAUGGAUAACACUAGUCAGGAUGUCAAAAAACUACGAGCCACUUUUGCUUUCCCAGUUCUUCUUCACCUCAUGACCAUUCUCCAUCCAUCACCUUUCUGACUUCUCUCUCUCCAUCUCCUCUCUCCUCUCAUCUGUCUCUUUCUCUCCUGUCUCCCUUCCCCCGACUCCUUCCCCUUCACACAGUACCAAUUUGGGUCUGUGCCCAGUGUGGAGCAAGACAUUGCCUGUCCCAUUUUUGAUAAACUUCAGAAUCUGAGAAGAGUUUAUCUGGAAUACAAGUUUUCGCCAUCUCUCAAGCCCCAUGGACUGGAGCCACCCUCUGGAAUAAUGUGUUAAAUAUCUGUAUAUUAUAUAUAUGUAGAGAAAAAUCUAAUUUUUUUUUGUUUGUUUGAUUUUCCUUCUUCCCCCUAAGAAUCUCGUUUGUUUUUCGUUUUUAAAUCCCUUAUCUCCCUGGGACUCUCAGACACUUGAUUUGGAUUGAAGCUUUCUUUAUUUUCCACAUUUUAGGAGCAGACAGAUUGACCCCUGACAACAGGGAUGUUAUCCAUGGUUUGUAUCAUGGGUCCCCCAUUGCUGGCUCAGCUUUGUUCUCCCAGUCACCUGUCUCUUGAAAACAAAAAGUCUGCACCCUUUUCUGCCUUUCCCCCUUCUUUUUUAGGAAGAGUAUAGGUUAGAGAGUCAGGAGGAUUAAAAUCCAGUUUCAUUCUGCCUCUGUCCAAAUCACAGCAUGCACAGCUGACUCCCAAAGGAACCUUCUUCCCAGGAUGUGGAGUGGGUAAGAGAACUACUCCCGAUGGGCCCUGGCUUCCGUCAUUUUGUUUGUUCUGUUUGUUCUGUAUUUGUUUCAGUCUUCUUUUU